AUGAAUUUAACUACGAGAUUUGUGGACUCUUUCAGUCUCACAGAUGAUUUGCUUACUUAAAUAAUAUAAGAUAAAUAGACAAUAAGUUUAUCUUUGAGACAAUUGAGUAAAUUACAUCAUCUUCAAAAGAUGUUAGAAGAGUUUUAAUUUCUCAAUAUUGUAUACAGUGAUUAAAGUAGAGUGAGGUAUAUUGUAAUUCUUAUGAAAGGAAGAUGAUGUUAACUCGAACAAAGUCAAAUCUAAAUUUGCAAUAAUAGUUGUGUUAUCAAAUAGAUAAGAAAAUUGAAGAUUUUAUGGUACAAAAUUUGUAAAAUUUCUUAGAAUUUAUUUAAGAAACUAGACUCAAUACUAUUUUACACUAUGAAUAUGCAACUUAUGUCUGAGAACUGUUUAGAAUUCUUAUAACAAAUUGCAGAUUUAAUUUUAGGAAGUCCUGCAUUUACAGUUAUUUAUGAGAUUAACAAAAAAGUUAAUGGAAUGUCAACUCACAUAAAAGAUAUUGAGAAUGCUUAUUAGAAAUUAUUAAAAUUCAAAGAAAGUACAAAUGUAUAAGGGAGUGAACUUGAUAACAUUUUUGGAACAAAUGAAUUAUAUGUAUACAAAAACAAGUAUUCAUACUUGAUUUACGAUGUGAAGGAUGUACCAUUUAAAGCAUUUCCAGAUUAUAGAUUGAUAUUGGAUCAAUUUAUUUCACUUGCUUAUGAUUUUCAAAAAGAAAUAUAUGAGUGAGAUUUAUAUCUAUAACAUAUCUAGCAAAGAAAAUUUAGUGAGCAUAAUAAGAGGAAUAAAGUCAAGGUUCAUUAAGAAUUCAACGAGGAUUUGUUAAGAAAUAAUAAGAUAAUAAGUUACUGAAGUAUUAUCAAGUUAAUGGUAUGAGUGUUUAAAUUAUUAUUAUAAAGUUGGAUAGAAAUGCCAGAUUAAAUAUAAUAUAUGAAUGAUUUAAUUAUAGAUUAACAUGGACAUGUUGUGUUACCAGUAAAAUUGGAUAAAAAAAUCAAAUAUUACAUUAAGAUUGAAUCUCCAAAUAUAGAUAUGAUUACGUUCAGUGAUUAUGUAAGAUUAUCUAAAAGGAAUUCUAGAUUCAAUAAUUAUGGUAGAGACUAACAUACUAAUUGAAGGAUUUAAAGAAUGAAGAGUUUUUGAAAUAAAUGCUUGAAGUGAAUUCCCCAAAUAAAUUAUACAUUUAAUUAGAUGGAGAAGGAAAUAUAAGAUAUUAAAGUUGUUGUAUACCAGAUUCUUGGUAUUUUAUGUUGAUCAAAGGAGGAUCAUUAGAAGAUUUGUAAUUGGAAUAAGUUAAUAAACAGAGUCUUAUACAAAAAAUGUAGGAAUUGAAAUCUUCAGCCAAAGGAGCAGUAAGUGUUUGUUAAAUAUGUUUUGGUGAUAAAGCAGUAGAUGUUGAUUUAUUUGCUAAAAGAAAUGAAGAAGAUGAUAUUACUGAUUAUUACAUAGUAUUUAAUGCACCAAAAAAGUAUUUAAUUAAUAUUCUAUAUAAGGAAAUUUGAGGAUGAUCAUCGUAUAUCUGCUUAAAUGUCUAGUGAAAGCAAAUUAUAAGAAUUAAGUAAAGCAGCUUUAAUUAAUAUCAAAAUGGAGAAGUUAUCUAAAGCUUGUAUAGUGAUGAGAGAAUAUCUUAAGGUUAAUUUAACUGAUGAGGAGAUCAUUGAUUUACUUAAGGAGAAAGAUGUACUCAAAGAAGUUUAUAAUUAAUAAUCAAUUACAGAUGAUAUAAGAUCAUCUUAUGUAAUGGAAUAUUAUAAAGCUGAAUCUUCUAAAGUUAUGAGAGAUCCAGUCUAAAGAAGUUAAUAAUAAAUAAUUGAAACAGAAAUAACAAAUAUUAAAAGUAUUUACAAUAUUUAAAUUAGAAUUUGAUUUAUAUACUUUAGAUGCCAAUGAUAUUUCAAAUCUUAGUGAUUAUUCAUUUGACAUUACUGUUGUUUAGGAUAAACAUGAAUAAUUACGAUAUACAUGGGCAUUAUUUCAUUUGUGUAAUUUUAUUGAUCUUUAUCAAAUCAAUAAAGAAGUAUUCUAUUAAUUCACUGUUAUUGUACAAGAAAAAUAUAGUUAUCGAUAAAAUCCAUUUCAUAAUUUUGAUCAUGGAUUUACUGUUGCUCAUGCAUGUUAUUAUAUAAUAAAGAGUAAAAGUAUGAAUCAAUAUUUUGAUAAAUUCAUUUAAUUUACUGCUUUAUUAUCAGCAUUAUGUCAUGAUAUUGAUCAUACAGGACGUAAUAAUCAUUUUGAGAGUUAAAAAUUAUCUAAAUUAGCAUUAAGAUAUAAUGAUGAAUCUGUAUUAGAAAAUCAUCAUGCUUCUGUUAUGUUUAAGAUACUUUAAAAAGAAAAAUAUAAUAUUUUGAGUUCUCUUAGUUAGGAUCAAUUUCAAAUAUUUAGAAAAUAUGCUAUUGCUAAUAUUUUGGGUACAGAUAUGAAAAAACAUUUUGAAAUUGUUAAACAAUUAGAACUAAAAUUAUCUAAACUACCAGAUGAACCAUUUAUAUAAAAAGAAGAAGAUAAAAAGUUUUUAUCCAGUGCUAUUAUACAUACUUGUGAUUUGACAAUGUAAUCUAAAACAUUCAAAAUGGCAUAGAAAUGGUCAAAUCGUAUAGCAACUGAAUUUUCAGAUUAGGUUGCUGAAGAGAAACAAUUAUCAUUACCUAUUACUCAACAUUUCUUACCAUUAGGAACUCCAAAUUUCAAUCAAUUAUUAGCUAAAUAAGAAAUUUCAUUUAUCAAAGUAAUUUUUAUUAAAAAUAUUAAUAAGUUCAUUGUAAAACCUGCAUAUGAUUUAACAGCAUAAGUCUUAUAAACAGGUUUAGAAGUGCCAUUAAAAAAUUUAGAAGACAAUCUUAAAGAAUGGGAAAAUUAUAAAUGA